AUGUCACAUUUAUCUGCUGUUAGAGUUGCUGCAAAAGCCUUACCUGCCAAAAAUGCUAUUAUUGUAUUCCACGGUCUCGGUGAUACAGGGAGUGGUUGGAGUUUCUUAUCAGAUUAUUUGGUAACUGAUUCAAAAUUUAAUCAUACAAAUUUUGUCUUUCCAAAUGCACCUAAUAUGCCAGUACUAGCGAAUGGUAAUAUGAUAAUGCCAUCUUGGUUCAAUAUUAAGGAUUGGAAUAUAACUCAUGAAUCUAUUGAUUCAGAAGAUUUUUCCAAGUCGCUGGGAAUAGUGGAAACGUAUGUAAAAGAACAAAUUGACAGCGGUAUUGAACCAUCAAAUAUUAUAUUAGGAGGGUUCUCACAAGGUGCUGCACUAGUAUUAGCCUCUUCCCUAGUUUUGAAAUAUAAAAUUGGGGGAUUUUUCGCUUUGUCUGGAUUCAGUGGUCUUUCCUCUGAGACGUUAACAAAAAUGAAAAACGAUAACAAUAUUAAUACCCCUAUAUUUCAUGGACAUGGUGAUGCAGAUCCAAUAGUUCCAUUUGAAGUGGCUAAACAUGCAGAAAAGGUAUUUUCUGAAGAGUAUAAACUUAACUACAAAUUUCACGAAUACCCUGGAAUGGGUCAUACGACAUGCCCUGAUGAAUUAAAUGAAGUGGUAUCCUUUAUUAGAAAAUGCCUAAUAUUUUAA